GGGUUUAAAACCGCAGACCCUGUGCUUACUAGUGCCACCUAGCGGGCGGUACGGGUGGUAAAUUGGCAACAUUAGACGUAGGGAUUAGGCAGGACUGCAUUUGCUUUAGCGUUUUAGGAGUAGCAGAAGUCUAGCCCUGGCAGUAAGCCAUCUUGUAGAAACUGAGAUCGAGAAUCUCGUGCUUUUUUUUUGGAAUCAGACUCUGGACCGGCACGGAUGUACGUCAGAUCCAGAUCCAUCCACAAAUUUCUGGUUGAAGCUAUCGCCGAGUAACCCCAGCUUUGGAGCCGAAGGAGGCGAGCAUAGGAACGCUAAUUCCUGCCCCGAGAGGGCAGCUAAAUUCCCCAUACCGACCAGAUCCAGAACUCCGCCAGUCAACCUGAUCUACGCCCAGCCCAUCAUCCCAGCCCAGCCCAUAUCAGCAUCAAUUGGUUUGCGGUGAUGUUUUCGUAGGGUGAUCGUCAGAUACAAGAGAAAGAGCAGAAAAAAGCUCGUGUCUGGUUUAGUCUGCGCGUUGCUGAUAGACAGCUAAGAACCCCGUUCGAUUAGCUCCCAAACAAAUACCCAAAAUUAGGGAACGUCGCGAUGAUGGCGAAGGUGUCGUCCAUGCCAAGUGUCAUCAAAACCACUUGAAGUCUUUAGUUAAUCUAAAUAUAAAGUAUAAUCUAAAAACCUAGUUUAGCAAAUUUAAAAUCGGUACAAAGUUAAAAUCGGUAAAAAAAUGAGGUUAAAACCACAAGCUAAAAUUGUGUAAAAAUAUACAAAUUAAAAAGGAAAGAAAAAUAUAAAAAAAAAGGAAUAGAUCAAAAACGGGUGUGAUGUAAAUUAGAACAGAUGAUUAUUAGAAACGAGUAACAAGUUGAAUUAGAAGAGGGCGAAAUUAAAUAAAAACGCCGAUAAGACAAAUUCGGUUAAGUCUCGAUGUGGGUGUGUGUGCUGAAACUUUUAGUCUUCGCGAGUCGCUUUGGACUUGCAUUUAUUUACAGACUUCUUACGACACCUCCGAUUUGGAAGCGCUUUCAACGGUGGAGUAUAUCAGAACCGAAAUUGGAAAUCAAAUGAAAUGAAAGUAAAACGUUGAAAAUAAAGUUAACUUGUUAGGCACUAUUAAAGAAAAAAAAAAAGAGAAGAUAAAAUUAAAAAUUAAAAAGAAAAUAUUUGAAAAUAUUGAAAUUGCAUCACAUACGUUUGAUUUAAAAUAUUUGCAUUUAAUAAUAAAUAUUACACUUAGCAAAAAUAUAAAUAUAUAAAUAAUACAUUAAGAAAUCCUUCCUAAAUGCACAUACAAAUUAUUAAUGCCUAAAUGCGAAUACAAAUUAAUUAUCAUUGGUUCUAAGUAAUAGAAUUUUGUAAAACAGUAGUUAAUAAGAAAUGAAGUAAUCUUUUAGGCUUUAACUCAAGAAAACAAAAGUAAACAAAACGAGAUGUACACCUUUAUGUUUAAUAAAUACGCUAUUAUAAUGAAAGAGUAGAAAACCCUGUUGUAACUCCAUGCCGAUCACAGAGCCGUCGUAGGGUUAUAAAAUAAAAGGGGCCUGUUGCAGGAUCGUUGGGAAAACGCACUGGCCAUGGUAGGGUGGGCUGAAGACACCCCUUUUACAUCUCGGGGUGCGCAAAGUGAGAGUACUAUCCUAGUUCUUGUCUGUCCGUUUGUUAAGCUAUCUCUUGUCCGGCCGAAAUUGGCUCGUUUUUGCACGCAAAUAAAACUGAUUUAUCCCAGAUAACUAUGAGCACCUGUAGGCUAAUACUACUGAAGAACACCACUCCAUUCGCUGACGAGCUAGAGCCGGAAUUUAAUGCGUGCCGUGUUAUUAGCUUGCAAAGAACACCAGCUCUACGUUAUUCGUUACAGGAAUAAUAAUAAGUAAUAUCUGAAUAAUCAUGGCGCCCAACGUGGGGCUUGACUGUACAGUGAAGCUCACUCAAUAGCGAAACAAACAAACCUUUCUUUUCAUUUCCAUUUCUAUAAAUUUCCUAGUCAGCAGUGUCAACUUUCAGUCGCAUUGGAAUGCAGUUUUUAUAUUUUCAAAAAGAAAAAAAUAACUCACCACGAAGAAAGAAUUAAUACAGCAGUCUCCUUUAAUUGUGUUCAUCCACAAUAGGUAAGCGCUUUGGAAUUGGCCAAUUACGAUCAAUUAUUAGUUUGGCUAACCGCGCUUGAACUAGCGAGGAAUAGGUGAAGUAGCUAAAGGUCUAGUAAGUCGAGAAUGCAGGAUUACAGAGCUAAUGCUUGCGAGCAAGAGCCUGGCCGCAAUUUCGGAAGCAAAAUCUUUAGGCAGUUAUAAUUAUUGAAACUUUAUUGAGGCUAAGUAUGAAGUGCUUGGAAGUACAAUCUCAAAGAUAACUAAUAAUAUUAGAGAUUGGCCACGCUUGUUACGAAGGUCACAUAAGUAAAGCAGCUUAUGUAGCCGCUUGAUGAGUUUUAAUUUUUUUUUUUUUUGCUGCGCCUUUUUCUCGUAUCUUUUUCAGAUAAUUUUCUUUUCCUCUCACAAAAAAAAUAGGAAAGUCCUUCGACAAUCAGCUCUUGGUUAGGCAUGGAGUUAAUUUUUUUUAUCGUAAUAUAUAUAUUCUUUUGUGGACAUAAUCUAGUGGCUUAUAUCUUUAAAUAUUCAGAAUUGUGGUUUUAAGUGGCAGCGCUAAGCACGAGAUCUUCAAAUUGAAUAACAAUAGUUUCGAAAAUAAACAACACAUAAUAAUAAUCAUAGGAUAUGGGUGUAGAUCACUCAGAUAACGAAGAAGCUGGAGGAUCAUCUCAUUUUUGUAUUUUAUGCAAUUCGCGAAUUCCUGAAAAAGAGUUAUACAAAACGAAAUGUGGGCACGGGUUUCAUAGAAAGUGUAUGAGCACACAUCUAAAGAGCAAGAAAACUUGCCCUACCUGCAAAGCGACUUUCUCUGGGGAACCUAUUGCAAGAUCAGAUAGCUUUAUUGCACAAAAUACAAGAAGGCAAAAACUUAUAAGUUCGCAAACAGAAGGCGAAAGUCGGAGAUCAGAAAGUAUGGAGAAAGAACGGCAGAGUCAAGAGCGAAGGGGUGAGGAUGUACAAAGUAUGGUAUUAGAUGCUGUUAAAAGUAUGCAACACGAGUUGCUAACCCAACUAACAGAGAAAAUGUCCCUCAUGAUCCAGUCGAACCUAGCCGCCAGAAUUCCCCAACAGCCACUUGAGGUGGCGACAGACCCAAGUCCGUCACUUGAUCAGCUUCUUGGGAUAGAUGCUGGCCAGGUGAAUGUUGGGCAAAGUCGAGCGCAGGCUAACAUCUCUCCUCGGUCAAACGCCUCAGAACUUUCACAAAGGCCAGAUAAGGUGGCGCAUAUAAUGAAUGGAUGGAAACUUCGGUUUAGUGGAGACCCAGGAGGCAUCAGCGUAGAUAAUUUUAUUUAUAGGGUACACGCGUUAACCGGUCAAACCCUCGAUUCAAAGUUCGAUGUUAUGUGUGGCAACGCAAGUGCUUUGUUUGAGGGUAAAGCCAAUGACUUUUACUGGCGAUAUCACAAAUCGGUGCCAUCCGUUAAGUGGACCGAAUUGUGUGACGCACUUCGCCGUCAGUUCAGGGAUACUAGAACGGAUGUUGAUAUUCGAGAAUUAAUUCGGGAUCGCAAACAGAGAGAAAAAGAGAGUUUCGACUCGUUUUAUGACGCCGUGGUUCAAUUAACGGACAGCUUAGACUGCCCUUUAGAGGAUAAAUCUUUAAUAGAGAUUUUACGGCGAAAUUUGCGAGCUGAGAUCAGACACGAAAUUUUAAAUAUUCCAACUGAGUCGAUCUCAAAGCUUCGCGAAAUAUGUAGAAGGAGAGAAUGCUUUCUAGAGGAAGUAAAACGGGAUCAGAUAUAUAAAAAGGGUACCCCAUUCAAAAGUAACAUCUCAGAACUUCUUCAAGUUGAGCAUAAAGAGUCUGAAUCGGAAUUCUUUGAGGACGAAGAGGGGGUCAUCGAAGCAAUGUCACUAAUAUGCUGGAACUGUAGGAAGGAGGGCCACAGGUACCAGGAUUGCACGGCUCCUCGUAAAGUCUUUUGUUACGGAUGUGGGGCACGCAACACAUAUAAGCCGGCAUGCAUAAAGUGCCAAAAAAACAAGCUGUUGAACACCCAAGCCGCUCGUUCUCGGUGUGUUCAACGGACUCAGUCGACAAAUACGGAAAGCGAGCAACCAUAAGUCCUGUCAUGGACUCAUUCAAAACUGAGGUUGGUCCUGUAGAGGGAUGGCAUCAGAAAAUCAAUAUUUUUAGGAACAUUAGCAAUAAACAAGCUUAUCUUAAGAAAUUUGAUGCUAAAAAUAAGUCACGGAAUACCAAUAGAUUAAAAAGAUUCUGGAAAGUCACUAAGGAUUUGUGCGCGCUUCGCAGCAAUAAUGGCGACGGUCGUCCGUAUACUAUUGUAAAAAUCCUGGAUCGGAAUAUCAAAGGGCUUAUGGACACAGGCGCAUCUAUGAGCUGUAUUGGGGGGCAGUUUGCACAGGAAGUUAUGGGGAGCGAAGUUCCUAUCCACAGAGUCUUUAAUAAUGUUUCUACAGCAGAUGGAAGUAAGCUAAAUAUUAUAGGUCGAUUAAGCACAAAUAUAGAAUACAACGGUCAGAUUAAGGCGAUUCAGUUAUACAUAGUUCCAUCUUUAAAACAAAACCUCUACUUAGGCGUAGAUUUUUGGAAACUCUUUGACUUACUACCUCCAAAUAUUCAAAUUUCGGAGCUAAGUGCUCACAAUCUUACCCAGGACCAAAAGGAAACCUUGCAGGGAGUAGUGGAUCAGUUUCCAUCAUUUGCCUCCGCUGGAUUGGGCAAAACAAAUCUUUUAUCGCACCAUAUCGAUGUGGGCGAAGCCAAGCCCAUAAAGCAACGGCAUUUCCCCGUAUCGCCAGCUGUAGAGAAGCUGUUAUAUGGUGAAGUCGAUCGAAUGCUGGAACUGGGGGUUGUAGAAGAAUCAGACAGCGCCUGGUCCUCUCCAGUGGUUCUGGUGCAGAAACCUGGUAAGGUCAGACUUUGCCUCGACAGCAGGAAAGUGAACGCCGUGACCGUGAAGGAUGCGUAUCCGCUUCCACAGAUAGAUGGUAUUCUGAGUCGCUUGCCAAAAGCAAUGUUUAUAAGCAGUCUCGACUUAAAGGAUGCAUUCUGGCAAAUUCCGCUAGAUCCAGCGUCCAGGGAUAAGACUGCGUUUACGAUCCCAGGUCGCCCACUUUACCAAUUUAAGGUAAUGCCGUUUGGCUUGUGUAAUGCCGGACAAACAAUGUCGCGACUCAUGGACAAAGUUAUUCCGGCGUCACUGCGAAAUGAGGUGUUCAUCUACCUCGACGAUCUGCUUCUAGUUUCGGACACCUUUGAAAACCACAUAAGGGUUCUAAAGACAGUGGCGGACUGCAUCCGGUCUGCCGGGUUGACAAUUAAUGUUCAGAAAAGCCAUUUCUGCGUUCAGCACGUCAAAUAUUUAGGGCAUGUGAUCGGGGAGGGCGAAAUACGCACAGAUCCCGAAAAAGUGGCAGCGAUUGAAAAGUUUCCUCUGCCGAAAACCUUGAAGAGUCUGAGAAGUUUUCUCGGAAUGGCGGGUUGGUACCGUAAAUUCAUUGACAAUUUUGCCACUGUAGCCGCUCCUCUUACUGAUUUACUCAGAGCCAAAAGGAAAUUCACAAUGACCGAAAAAGGACAUCAGGCAUUCAUUGAGCUAAAGCGCAGGUUAUGUACUGCGCCCGUCCUGCGAAGCCCAGAUUUUACUAAGCCCUUUUACAUCCAGUGCGAUGCCAGCAAAAGUGGCGUAGGUGGAGUUUUGGUCCAAAAAACGGAACAGGGUGACGAAUACCCGAUCGCAUUCGUUUCUAAAAAACUUAAUAAGGCACAAAGAAACUAUUCAGUAACUGAACAAGAGUGUUUGGCAGCAAUAGUAGGCGUGAAAAGAUUUCGUCCCUAUGUAGAAGGCCAGGAUUUCACAAUAAUUACUGACCAUGCAUCCCUAAAGUGGUUAAUGGGCCAAUCGGACCUUAGUUCCCGCUUAGCGAGAUGGGCUCUUAAACUGCAGGGAUUUAAAUUUAAGAUUGAGCAUCGCCGAGGAUCACUUAACGUUGUUCCAGAUGCUCUGUCAAGGGUCAACGAAGACGAAAUAGCGAGCAUUGAUGCUUCGCAUGGGUUGCUGGUGGAUGUAGCGUCCGAACAUUUUCAAGGCCCAGAAUAUUUAAGCCUGGUAGACAGUGUCAGGGCCAACAGUGCGAAGCUUCCCGACUUGAAGGUUGUGGAUAACUUGGUUUACCGACGCUCAGAGCACGCAACAGGCGAGCCCCUUCAUGAUGUCUAUAUCUGGAAACUGUGGGUACCAUUACAGCUGGUGGGCAAAGUUCUGAAAAAUGCACACGAUCACCCACUUGCUGCUCAUGGAGGCGUGCAUAAGACGCUAGAAAGAGUACGCCGCUACUAUUACUGGCCAGGUUUGGUGAGCGAUGUUAAGACUUAUGUCAGUAAUUGCGAUGCAUGCAAGGCUACAAAAGCUCCCAACUGUCCGUUAAGACCUCCCAUGGGAAAAGCUCCAGAAUCGCAACGAUUCUUUCAGCGUUUAUACAUCGAUUUUCUGGGACCAUAUCCGCGAUCGCGUAGUGGAAACAUCGCAAUUUUCAUAGUUCUAGAUCAUUUUUCAAAAUUUGUUUUUUUAAAAGCCAUAAAGAAAAUGGAGUCGACUGUCGUAGUGAAAUACAUGAAAGAAGAAUUGUUCCACUUGUUCGGAGUGCCAGAGUUAAUUGUUUCGGAUAACGGCACACAAUUUAGGGCUGAAUUGUUUCAAAAGUUGCUGAGGGAACACCGAAUUACCCAUAAGCUCACAGCCAUUCAUGCCCCUCAAGCAAAUGCGUCAGAGCGGGUGAAUAGAUCAAUAAUAACGGCUAUACGUGCAUAUGUAGAUACUACCCAAAAAGAUUGGGAUGUGAAUCUAAGCAGCAUUUGCUGCGCCCUCAGGUCAGCUACCCACUCAUCCCUCGGGACAUCGCCCUACUAUAUGGUGUUUGGCCAACACAUGGUUACAUCUGGAGGUACCUACGCUUUGUUAAGGUCGCUACAAUCAUUACAAGACAGAGGAAUAGCAUUCACUAAGUCAGACUCAUUAGAGCUAGCUCAUAAUAAGGCAGUUAUGCUGUCAGAAAAACGAGAUGGUGUUAACAGAGAUCGCUAUAAUCUUAGAUCACGUGAGAUUUCCUACUCCAUCGGGCAAGAAGUUUUUCGGAGAAAUUUCAAACAAAGUAGCUUCCAGACAGGAUAUAAUGCCAAAUUAAGUCCUGCUUUUGUAAAGGCACGGGUCCGCCAGAAGUUAGGAAAUUCGUACUACGACAUUGAGGAUCUGCAAGGUAAGCUGGUUGGACGCUACCAUGCAAAGGAUCUGCGGCAAUAGUCCUGGCGGGAUCAGCCUUGUGGGGUUUACCCCAAGUCUGAUGUUAGCGGGGGGGUGUUGUAGUGGGGUUUAAAACCGCAGACCCUGUGCUUACUAGUGCCACCUAGCGGGCGGUACGGGUGGUAAAUUGGCAACAUUAGACGUAGGGAUUAGGCAGGACUGCAUUUGCUUUAGCGUUUUAGGAGUAGCAGAAGUCUAGCCCUGGCAGUAAGCCAUCUUGUAGAAACUGAGAUCGAGAAUCUCGUGCUUUUUUUUUGGAAUCAGACUCUGGACCGGCACGGAUGUACGUCAGAUCCAGAUCCAUCCACAAAUUUCUGGUUGAAGCUAUCGCCGAGUAACCCCAGCUUUGGAGCCGAAGGAGGCGAGCAUAGGAACGCUAAUUCCUGCCCCGAGAGGGCAGCUAAAUUCCCCAUACCGACCAGAUCCAGAACUCCGCCAGUCAACCUGAUCUACGCCCAGCCCAUCAUCCCAGCCCAGCCCAUAUCAGCAUCAAUUGGUUUGCGGUGAUGUUUUCGUAGGGUGAUCGUCAGAUACAAGAGAAAGAGCAGAAAAAAGCUCGUGUCUGGUUUAGUCUGCGCGUUGCUGAUAGACAGCUAAGAACCCCGUUCGAUUAGCUCCCAAACAAAUACCCAAAAUUAGGGAACGUCGCGAUGAUGGCGAAGGUGUCGUCCAUGCCAAGUGUCAUCAAAACCACUUGAAGUCUUUAGUUAAUCUAAAUAUAAAGUAUAAUCUAAAAACCUAGUUUAGCAAAUUUAAAAUCGGUACAAAGUUAAAAUCGGUAAAAAAAUGAGGUUAAAACCACAAGCUAAAAUUGUGUAAAAAUAUACAAAUUAAAAAGGAAAGAAAAAUAUAAAAAAAAAGGAAUAGAUCAAAAACGGGUGUGAUGUAAAUUAGAACAGAUGAUUAUUAGAAACGAGUAACAAGUUGAAUUAGAAGAGGGCGAAAUUAAAUAAAAACGCCGAUAAGACAAAUUCGGUUAAGUCUCGAUGUGGGUGUGUGUGCUGAAACUUUUAGUCUUCGCGAGUCGCUUUGGACUUGCAUUUAUUUACAGACUUCUUACGACACCUCCGAUUUGGAAGCGCUUUCAACGGUGGAGUAUAUCAGGUGAGCAAAGUCUACCCAAUAUUUACCUUUUUCGUCUACAUAUGCAUGUCAUUUCGAUUCAGAACCGAAAUUGGAAAUCAAAUGAAAUGAAAGUAAAACGUUGAAAAUAAAGUUAACUUGUUAGGCACUAUUAAAGAAAAAAAAAAAGAGAAGAUAAAAUUAAAAAUUAAAAAGAAAAUAUUUGAAAAUAUUGAAAUUGCAUCACAUACGUUUGAUUUAAAAUAUUUGCAUUUAAUAAUAAAUAUUACACUUAGCAAAAAUAUAAAUAUAUAAAUAAUACAUUAAGAAAUCCUUCCUAAAUGCACAUACAAAUUAUUAAUGCCUAAAUGCGAAUACAAAUUAAUUAUCAUUGGUUCUAAGUAAUAGAAUUUUGUAAAACAGUAGUUAAUAAGAAAUGAAGUAAUCUUUUAGGCUUUAACUCAAGAAAACAAAAGUAAACAAAACGAGAUGUACACCUUUAUGUUUAAUAAAUACGCUAUUAUAAUGAAAGAGUAGAAAACCCUGUUGUAACUCCAUGCCGAUCACAGAGCCGUCGUAGGGUUAUAAAAUAAAAGGGGCCUGUUGCAGGAUCGUUGGGAAAACGCACUGGCCAUGGUAGGGUGGGCUGAAGACACCCCUUUUACAUCUCGGGGUGCGCAAAGUGAGAGUACUAUCCUAGUUCUUGUCUGUCCGUUUGUUAAGCUAUCUCUUGUCCGGCCGAAAUUGGCUCGUUUUUGCACGCAAAUAAAACUGAUUUAUCCCAGAUAACUAUGAGCACCUGUAGGCUAAUACUACUGAAGAACACCACUCCAUUCGCUGACGAGCUAGAGCCGGAAUUUAAUGCGUGCCGUGUUAUUAGCUUGCAAAGAACACCAGCUCUACGUUA